AUGAGACUUGCAGCCUUUCUUUCUUUGGCGGUGGCCGCUGCGGCUGUCAAUGUGUCCAACAGCGACCCCUUUGAGCAAUGGCAUGGGCCUAAGGCAGGCGAUGUCCGUGGGCCAUGCCCAUUCCUAAACACCUUUGCCAACCACGGCUUCCUCCCUCGUACCGGCAAAUACAUCACCCUCGAUGACCUCACCAACGGCCUCUUCAACGCUGUCAACUUCGAUGCCAACAUCUCCGCUUUCCUCUUUGACUUCGCCAUCAGCACGAACCCGGAGCCGAACUCUACCUGGUUCUCGCUUGACCACUUGACCCGCCACAACGUGCUGGAGCAUGAUGCCAGUCUCUCUCGCGUCGACGCCUUCCACGGCCACGCCGACAUUUUCAACCAGGAAGCCUUUGACGAAACCCGCUCCCACUGGGGCGACAUCGUCAACGUCGAGAGCGGUGCCGCUGCCAUCGUCGCUCGCAUGAAGACAUGCAAAUCAACCAAUCCUCAAUACUCCCUCUCCCAACUUGGCGAGGCUUUCAUCCUCGGCGAGACAGCCGCGUUCAUCUCCAUCCUCGGAGACGCUGAGGCCCUCACUGUCGAGAAGACGCGUGUGGAAUACCUUUUCCAAAACGAGCGUCUCCCGACCGAACUUGGCUGGAAGAGACCCGAGGCUCAGUUCACGACCGAUAUUCUGGUGCGGAACCUGCAGGCGGUGGCUGUCGAGUAUCAGAAGAGGCUGAACUCGACUGUCUUGAGGAAGAGGGGGGUGGAUUAUGCUGAGCGGUUGAUGGAUGGUAGGGCGAGGGUGCUCUAG